AUGAUUCUUGAAGCUAAGUUAACAAUUUGCGUGAUUGCAAGCACAAAAAUAGUAUACGAAAAAUCAGUCCUUCUGAACUUAAGGAACUCUCCAAUCUCCAAAACACCCCCUCAGUUCGAAAUUCCAGACACCAUCUUAGGCAGCUCUGCUAAGAACGUAGUUAGAAAACAAAACCAUUCCAGACCAUUACCUCCAAGAAAGCCACAGCCCGAAAUCAACCACAACGCCUCCGAAGACCAAUUCGACAUGGAACUUUAGUAUUAUCGGCUAGUCAGGAAGUGGAAUAUGUUAAAAUUAUAAAAUUGUUGCGCAGGAAGUGGUUACUUGCGGGUUCCGUCACUAAAAUCACACAAAUUUUCCAUAUUUCCAUAAUUUUUCAUUAAGAAAAGAAAACCUUUUUAAUUUUAAUUGGGCUACAUUUUAUUAAUAUUACUUAACAAUAACUGGAAGCAGAAAUACGAAGAAUAAUUCAUAAUCAAAGAAUAAUUCCUAUUAGACAGCGAAUAUAAUAGGAUCGAUCCUAUUACUCAAAAUAUAAUAGGUGAAUGACAACAAAGCAAAAAUUAGCAACGAUUUUCUAAUUAGUUUAUAGAUUUUUGUUACAAAUACAUAUUUCUUUCUAUAUAUGUAUUAGUUUUUCCCAAAGGAACCUUUUAUAACUACCAAUAACUUCGUUAUUAAGUGACAAUUGAAUUGUAAGUUGUCAAAAUUAGUCAUGUAAAUCCAAUUAUGUUUAAAGCAAUACGUUGUUCUUAUCGUGACGUCAUACCACUACGUUUUGUUGAUUUUUGGAUUCUAAACAAACCAAAUUGCGCAUUUUCAAAAACAUUAGUCAUUUUUUACUCAUUUUGUGAAUUUAUUUGGAAGUUAAUUAAUGUUAUAAAUUAAUCAAGAUGUUUGUUAUACAAAUUCGAUCUGUUUAGAAUUAAAAUGAUUGUGUGACAUCACUGAUGUGGCGCAUAUUACAAAAAAAUUAACGUAAUACCUCGUUAUUGUUAAAUGAUCUGUAGCGUUUUAAUUGUUUUUAAGAAUUAAAAUUAAAUUAAAAAAUAUAUAAAUAAAUAUUUAAAUAUAUGUAUAUAACAAAUAAAAUCUUUAGUUUGCUUAGUAUAAUAAAAAAAUGACGGUUCCCGUAUUGUUUAUAUCUAUAGCAUCUGUUUAAGAGACAUCAAUCAAUAUAUUGUAUUGUGGGAAGUAUUUGAUAAGUAAUGUUUUAAAUUACUUUUAACGAAAGAUCUACGCAUAAUAUCAGACGAUUAAAAUAAAUGACAAAUGGCAGAUCAUAUGCAUUUUUCUAAUAGAAACAGAAGUAAAUGUUGAUAUUUUGCUUAUACGACUGAACAUUAUCAUUAUUAAAUAGGCACUGAAUUGUUGCUCUUUGCUACUAAAUCUUAUGAACAGAAAUCGACGGAAGACCGAUUAUUUUUUUUAGUAUUUUUAACUGUCGGUAAUUGCAAAACAGAGUUACAAGUAAUAAUGACCAGUGUCAGCAAUAUUUUAAAAAUUUAUUUUGCAUGUCUUUUUAAGAAGUUUGCCGAAAGCAUUUGCCGGAAUUGAAGUUAACUCAAGUGAGUGAAUUGAACGAAAGGCAAAAAAGAACCUUUUUCAGACAUAUUAGUGCCAAAUUUCUGUGUUUAUUUUCUUGAUUUAUUUCUUAAAAUUUGUAGUAUCGUAUCACUAAUAAAAUAUGAUAUCAUUUUUUCACAUAAUCUCUGAUUUCUCUACGUAAUUACCGGUGAGGUCAAUGCGCUUUUUAAAAAGGUGUUCUAAAACAGUUUGUCUGUACCUUCUAUAACAUUUUAAAAAAGAGUUGACCUAUUUUCGAUUUCAAAAAGGAAUCUUUGCAGUCAAAAAGCAGUCCUGAUUAAAAAAAUGUAUAAAAAUAUGGUGAAUAUUAUGCGUAGUUCGUAUGACAUGAAUUGGUGAUCUAGUCGGCCACCAUGGCCUCACACUUGUAGCUUAAUCAUUCUACCACAUAUAUUUAUCACAUAAAUCGUCCCAAAUUUAUUUAGAAACCUAAAAUUUUGAUUAUAAGAAUUUUAAGUCAGUACCCGGCGUUGUUGUCAAAUGUCUAAAACAACUAUAGAUAAUCUUGAUUAAAUGACGUUUGAUCACAAAUAUCUGAAUGUCUGGUAAUUAUAUCUUUCUGUCAAUUUUGUAUUCCUUAUUUUUAGGUAAUUCCCUAAACAUUUCUUACUAUAAUGUGUAUAUUUUCUAGGCAUAUUCUUAAUAGAAAUCCCAAAGAUUAUAUAAUCAUAUUUUAAUUAACAUUUGUACCGCUGUGUUGCUAGUAAAACCCAAUAAAUAGUAGUACUUAGUAACAUUUAAGUUAAAAAGUACCAACAUUUACGUAGUACUUCAGUUUUAUUGUGUUUUAUCACAGAUCACAGUACUCUUCAUUAUUAUGUUCUUAACCUUAUUGACCGUAUAUCUAUACAUAAUCCAUAGGUACAUCUAAAAUACUUUUAUACCUUAAUCCUUCGUCCAAAGUUACCAUCAUAUAAUAC